UCCGCCCUUGGGCCCUACCACGUGCCUGGGAAUCCCGCCCUCCCCGCGUCGAGGAGGCUUCGCUGGCCCCCAACUUCCGGGGACGGAGGCCGAAUGGGCUCAAACCUUCCGUCUCCGACCUAGAAGGCCGCGGUGUUCCCGCUUCCGGGCUCCUGAAGGAGCGCUGGAGCACGUGACCUGGCGGGGGGGGAACUACAUCUCCCAGGGUGUGUAGCGCCUAGCCUAAGAAACAGGGUGAGAUGACGGCCACGCUACCCACGGUCCUGGAGGAGAUUCUGGGCGAGAUCGCAGCCACCUGCGGGGAAGCGUCUGAAGUGCCCGAUGAGCUCCUGUUGGCGCUGAAAUUUAUAUUUGGUCCAUCCGCCAUCCAGGCCUUGGAUCUUGUCGAUCGACGUUCUGUUACCCGUGUCUCCUCUCCUAGUGGAAGAACCAUAUACCAGGUGCUCGGCAGCUCCGGGAAGGUGUACGUGUGCUUCGCCUCUUGCCAUUACUGCUCGUGCCCGGCUUUUGCAUUCUCUGUGCUUCGGAAGAGUGACAGCCUAUUGCACAGUCAUUCUGUUACGAUCACGUGCUGCCACAAUUGGCGUAGCCUUUCCCCACGCCAUGGGCGCUGUUUCCAGUAGUGCCCCUGUUACAUUGUCUUUGAAGUGAGACUGGUCUGGCAGACCACAGGGACUUCAGAGAAGACUGGCAAGUAGGCAAUCUCUCCUGGAAUCAAAGGGCAGAGAGGAUCUUGGGAUGAAAGGGAAAUCUCUUCCCCAGAUAUGGACAGCUCAGCCCCCAGACGUGGCCGUGGGCAUCGUUGCGCUGGGGCUACUGGUCUUGAUGACAGUGACUCACGGAGUGUGGAAUCAUGAAGGAAUUUGGAUCAGCUUCAGGGCAAAAUUUGAAUUUCCUUUCGACUGUUUGUUGGCAUCAUGAGAGAGAAUCUCGUGGGCGGGUUCUUGUGGACACACUGGUCCUUUGCCCUACGGCUGCGUCUGGUUCGUUCUGCUUUGGGUCAUGCCGAGACUGGGCCUGUUCCGGGGCCAUCGAGAUUCCACGUACUUCCUUUCCCUUUGUAGCACAAGAGCACAGUCUCUCUCAUCACCGAGAAGGCCUGCGCCAUGGCUCUGACAGCCUGUGUGCUUUGACCUGACCCGUACCUGGUGACGAAAGACCAUUUCUGUGUUUGAUCGGGUGGAUUUUUAUGUUUUAAGGGAAGUUGUUAUGGCAGUUUGCACAGAGUCGGGGCGGUCUUCUUUGGGCUGUUGGGCUUUUUCUCUCUGGUUCCUCCACACUCCCCCAGAUGGAUUUUUCAGGGAAAAAAAAGGUUUGGUGGGAAGAACCCUAGAACAAAAGUCAAGACCAGAGGAUUCUCUUCUGGAAACCAUGUACAAAUAUCUGGGGUUCUAUGAACUUAGAUGGGGAAAAAAUUGUAUCUUUAUUUUCACUACCUGUUCUAACUGAAAUGUAGUAUGUCCUUCAAUUAUUUAAGAAAGAAUGUUCUUCUGAAAAGGGGCCAACAGGUUUCACCAGCCUGCCAGGGGCCCAUGAUAGACAGAAGUGAAGAUUGCCUGCCCUGGGCCCAGCCCAGCCACGUGGUGGCCAUGUGACUGUAAGACUCGUCAUCCAUCUGGACCUCAGUUUCCUUACAUGUAAAAUGAGAGGCCCAGUGAUCACUUCAGUUCUAGCAUUCUGCUCUACCUCUGACAGAAGAUGGCGCCAUCUCUACCUCUGUUAACUCCUUACUUCCCCUGCUUUCCUGGUAGGAAAAGCUGGCUGGAGGUAGAAGUUAGGAUCCUCUAAACACUUGUUGGGCCUGGGCAGCAAAGGGCUGCACUAGUCUUUAGGUAUUAGCUCACCUCCCCUGACAGCACUGUUAUACGUCAGCUUGAGGGCCUUUUUUGUCCUGAGGUGGGCACGUGCUCAGAUUGCCCAAUGUGGGGUUUGUGGAGAGGCCUGGCCUCCUGCCUGCCUCUUCUUAGCCCCACCUCUCUCUUCUGUCUUGGUCCAGACCUGGGUUUCCAGUGGGAGGGAGGAGUUCCUGGGCAGGAAACACAUUCUACUGAUGUUGCUUGUUAGCUCUUCUGUAGCCAAGUGUCUUAGAGCAGCAGAUCUCUAGCUUUCAGGACCCCUUUACCCUCUUGAGGACCACUGAAGACCCCCACCCCUGAACACCUUUUAUUUAUGUGGAUUCUGUCUGUAGUCAUCAUAUUAGAAAUUAAGACAUCUUCCUACUAUUAUGAAAAGUUUUGACCUCAAGGACCCCCUGAAAGGACGAUGCCCUAAGAACCACUGUCUUAGAGAAUUGCCAAGUAGACCACUGACCAGUUAAUGGAUUGACUUUGUGGGGUCUCACAGCCAUUAAGUGUCAAAGGCAGGAUCUGAACUGCUGACACGUUUCUUCUUCCCAAGCUGGUUUCUAACUGACUUGUAUCUUAUGUC